UGUGUUAUAUAACAUGUCAUGCAGCACAAAGAAUAGCUAAGAGCAAGAGUUCAGCUUUGUUUAGUUAAUGAUUAGAUUUCUAGGAGCAGAUUUAAAUAAGGUUAGGAGCAGGCAAGCUUUCACCCAGACACACAGUCACCAUGAAGUUGGAGCAGCAUCUCUCUGUUUGUGUCCUGCUGGUACUUUGUGGGACAUGGAGCGCAAACGGAGGGAACAUUUUGGUUUGGUACACCGAAGGCAGCCACUGGAUUAACAUGAAGCCUGUGCUGGAGACGCUGAUCGACAGGGGACACCAGGUGACGGUUCUGGUCCCGAGCACGUCGAUGUUCAUGAACCCCAAUGAGCCUUCUCGCUUUGGCUACGAACCCUUCAACGUCUCUGUCUCAAUGGAGACCAUGGAGGAGUUCAUGAAAGAGUUCCUUCACUUCUCCAUGAACGAGAUGGACCACAUGAGUUACAUACAGAUUUACAUCAGAUUCAUGGAUCUGAUGAAGGACAACUUGAAGUAUUCUUUGAAGUAUUUGGACGGCGUGCUGAAAUCAGAAUCCAUCAUGAAGAAGCUGAAGGAGGCAAAAUAUGACCUUCUCCUGUCCGACCCCGUCUAUCCCGGCAGUGACUUGGUAGCAGACAUUCUGGGCGUCCCCCUGGUCUUCUCCUUGCGGUUUUCCUUUGCCAAUAACUGGGAGAGACAUUGUGGUCAGGUACCAGCUCCUCCUUCCUUUGUCCCUGGUGCUAUGAGCAAACUAACAGACAAGAUGGACUUCUCCAAAAGAGUGUGGAACUUCCUCUUCUACGCAUUGCAGGACACGGUUCUCGAAAACAUUAUGUGGAAAGAACUCGAUAAAUAUUAUUCCGAAGUCAAAGGCAGCCACUGGAUUAACAUGAAGCCUGUGCUGGAGUCGCUGAUCGACAGGGGACACCAGGUGACGGUUCUGGUCCCGAGCGCGUCGAUGUUCAUGAACCCCAAUGAGCCUUCUCGCUUUGGCUACGAACCCUUCAACGUCUCCGUCUCAAUGGAGGCCUUGGAGGAGUUCAUGAGAGAGUUCCUUCACUUCUCCAUGUAUGAGAUGGAUCAUUUGAGCUACGUGCAGCUUUACAUCAGAUUCAUGGAUCUGAUGAAGCAAGACCUGAAGUAUUCUUUGAAGUAUUUGGACGGCGUGCUGAAAUCAGAAUCCAUCAUGAAGAAGCUGAAGGAGGCAAAAUAUGACCUUCUCCUGUCCGACCCCAUCUAUCCCGGCAGUGACUUGGUAGCAGACAUUCUGGGCGUCCCCCUGGUCUUCUCCUUGCGGUUUUCCCUAGCCCAUAACUGGGAGAGACAUUGUGGUCAGGUACCGGCUCCUCCUUCCUUUGUCCCUGGUGCUAUGAGCAAACUAACAGACAAGAUGGACUUCUCUGAGAGAGUGUGGAACUUCCUCUUCUACGCAUUGCAGGACAUUGUGAUUGAUCAUGUUAGUUGGAUAGAACUCGAUAAAUAUUACUCCGAAGUCAAAGGAACACCCACCAGUGCCUGUGAGAUGAUGGGCAGAGCAGAUAUGUGGUUGAUACGAACCUACUGGGAUUUUGAUUUCCCGCGUCCUUUCCUCCCUAACUUCAAAUUUGUUGGUGGGAUUCACUGUAGACCUGCUAAACCGUUACCAGAGGACAUGGAGGAGUUUGUGCAGAGUUCUGGAGACGCUGGCAUUGUGGUCUUCACUUUGGGAUCGUUCAUCAAGAACAUCACUACAGAGAAAGGAAACAUGAUCGCCUCAGCCCUCGCUCAGAUCCCACAAAAGGUGCUGUGGAGAUACAGCGGAGAAGCUCCAGCGACUCUCGGUGCCAACACCAAAAUAUACGACUGGAUCCCUCAGAAUGACCUGCUGGGUCACCCCAAGACCAGAGCGUUCAUCACCCAUGGUGGCACAAAUGGGAUCUACGAGGCCAUCUACCACGGUGUUCCCAUGGUGGGCAUCCCCAUGUUCGCUGACCAGCCAGACAACAUGGUCCACGUUGCGGCAAAGGGAGCCGCAAUUACUGUAGACCUAAACUUCAUGAAGACUGAGGACCUUAGAGAUGCAGUCAAUGCUGUCAUCAAUGAGAAAUCGUACAAGGAGAACGCCUUGUGGCUGUCCAGCAUCCACCACGACAGACCAAUGAGUCCUCUAGAUGAGGCUGUAUUCUGGAUCGAGUUCACCAUGAGAAACAAAGGGGCCGAGCACCUGAGGGUCCAGGCCCACGAGCUCACCUGGUACCAGUAUCACAGCCUGGAUGUCCUGGCCUUCCUCCUCGCCGUUGUUCUGAUCUUCGUACUCCUCUUCAUCAAGACCUGCAGUUACUGCUUCCGGAGGUGCUUUGGCAGAAAGGGAAAGGGAAAGACAAAGACAAAGACAAAGAGAAAGGCCGAGUAGCUGACUGAAGUAAAUGGUGAAAAACUGAUGGGGGGGGGGAAAUCCACAUUAGUUGUCUUAUUGGUCUAAAUGAUGUAAUGUAAACACAAAACCCUGGAUUGUAAUUUAUGGCUUGAGACCAGUAAUCAUCGCAAAACAACAAAACAUUUUUAAAGUGUGCAGUAUUCUUGUGAAAUGAUGUACCAUGUGCUGUAAUUUGUACAUUUCAUUCCCGCCAAAAAGUAAAGUCAUUUAUUAUCCUUUACAUGCACAAAUACCAUGUAUUUGCUUUCCAAUAAACAUGCAUGUGGACCUCUU